AUGACCACAAUAGCUUCCCUGAAGCGGCUAUCGGCCAAAUCUCUAUCCGAGAAGAUCCUCCAAGAAGUCGACGCCACGGAUCCCACAUUCGCUGUCAUCGAUGUUCGUGAUAAUGAUUACAUCGGUGGCCACAUCAAGGGCUCAACAAAUGUCCCCGCACACACUCUAGACUCCAUGAUGCCAACUCUAGUGCGUCGCCUCAAAGACAAAAAGACAGUUGUUUUUCACUGUGCGCUGAGCCAACAACGAGGCCCAAGUGCUGCACUCAAGUACCUGCGAGAGAGAGAUGGUAUUUUGCGCUCCAUGGGCGAAGACCCCAAAGGCGAGAGCUGUCAGGAUGUGUUUAUUCUGGAUCAGGGGUUUUCUGGAUGGCAGGAAGUUUACGGUGAAGAUGAGAGGUUGACCGAGGGAUACGUCAAGGAUCUUUGGGGAAAUUAUUAA